CAGUUCAGUUUUACCUUUCAUCGGCUGUUAACAUAUCGCUGGUAGCUGGUGCAUGAGUCGGGAUACUUGAUGAAAUUAUGAUAAUCGCGAAUCUGAUCGGAUUUGAUAGAUUCUAGUCUCGGUUUCAGGUGACCGUAGUCCUGGUUGCGUAGGUGUAGCUGCUAUUCGGUGAUUACUAGAGAUGCAAUACAAUAUUCGAAAGCUGUGCUGAGCUUGAAACGAUGAGUGUCAGUGACCCAUUUCAACGAUAGCGAAAAAAAAUUUAUUCGUGAAGUGAAAUCAGAAGUGAAAAAAGAGGGAAGCCGAGGAAAGCACAAUUAGGCCAGUGGGUGGAUUUUUAUGAGCUGUUGUUUGAUGUGGCUUCAACAGGUUGAAGUUAAGACGCUACGAUUUAGAAACGAUCAACAACAUAUUAUGUUGGAUACUGUGUGAGCGAGUGGAAAAAAGAACAGUGAAUUUUUGGUCUCGGCCUAGUGUAUGCCGUCAAUAAAAUUCUGCCGCUAUGCCGCUAUUUCACCACCGCUGCUGCUAUUCCACUACAAAAUUAAUAUCCCAAUGAAUGGGAAGAAUCAAUUCAUCGGCUGGGAAAACACUCAAAAGCAGAAAGAGAGUAAAGAUCCCCUCUAGACUGCACUUCAAACGAGAUAGGUGGAGAGAGAGUGAUAACACACUACGAGUGACCAAAACAACACCAAAAUGAGUGAACUUGUGGGAGCGGCCAUCGGCUCAGUGGCGACAGCGGCAUCGAGUGUCGGCUGGUUUGUGCCCAUGCUAGUAGCCGCGAUUGCAUAUUUCCAGUACGAAGAAUUUAUGGACCCAGAGGCAAGAGUGAUCGAUGUACCGACCGAUGCUAUGCUGGAAAAAUAUGAUUUCAUAAUAAUAGGGGCAGGUUCUGCGGGGGCAGUAAUCGCGAAUCGGCUGACCGAGGUGGAAAACUGGAAUGUGCUGCUUUUGGAAGCCGGUGGGGAUGAGACGGAAAUUUCCGAAGUACCGUUGAUGGCGGGAUAUUUACAAUUGAGCAAACUGGAUUGGAAGUAUAAGACGGAGCCGUCCGGGAAGUAUUGCUUAGCUAUGGUUGGUGGACGAUGCAAUUGGCCCCGAGGAAAAGUGUUAGGGGGAUCGAGUGUCCUGAAUUAUAUGCUGUAUUUACGAGGCAACAAAAAGGAUUAUGACAACUGGGAAGCCCUCGGCAAUGCUGGCUGGGGAUACAAAGAUGCGCUGUACUAUUUUAAAAAAUCCGAAGAUAAUACCAACCCUUACUUAGCGAAUACGCCUUAUCACUCAACAGGGGGUUACUUGACAGUAGGAGAAGCGCCUUACCAUACACCUUUAGCGGCAGCAUUUGUCGAAGCCGGUGUGGAAAUGGGUUAUGACAAUCGUGACUUGAACGGUGCUAAGACUACCGGAUUUAUGAUCGCACAAGGAACCAUUAGACGAGGUGGAAGAUGCAGUACGGGCAAAGCGUUUCUACGACCAGCGAGAUUGAGACCGAAUCUACACGUCGCAAUGUUUUCUCAUGUCACGCGAGUUCUCAUUGAUCCAGUAACGAAGAUUGCUUUUGGUGUGGAGUUCAUCCGGGAUAGAAAGUACCACAUCGUGCGUGCGGCUAAGGAGGUUAUCCUGUCCGGCGGAUCGAUAAAUUCACCUCAAAUAUUAAUGCUUUCGGGAGUAGGACCGAAAAGUGAACUGGCGAAGCACAGAAUUCCAUUGAUUAAGGACCUUGCAGUAGGAGAGAAUCUCCAGGAUCACGUAGCACUGGGUGGUCUUACUUUCAUGGUGAACCAACCAGUCUCGAUAGUGGAAAAUAGAUUCCAUUCAAUGUCAACUGUUCUUCAGUACGCAGUUCUUGGACAAGGUCCACUCACAAUCCUCGGAGGGGUUGAAGGACUUGCAUUCGUCAGCACAAAAUAUGUAAACGCAUCGGAUGACUAUCCUGACAUUGAGUUUCAUUUCGUUUCUGGAUCUACCAAUUCGGAUGGUGGGAAUCAACUGCGGAAGGCACAUGGCUUGACUGAUUCAUUCUACCAUUCGGUGUUUACACCCAUCAACAAUAUGGAUUCAUGGAGCAUCAUACCUAUGUUACUUCGUCCGCGAAGCGUUGGCCAAAUAAAACUUCGAAGCGCAAAUCCAUUGGAUUAUCCGUACAUCUACCCGAAUUACUUCAGUGAUGAUUUAGACAUGAAAACCCUCAUCGAGGGCGUUAAGAUAGCGUAUGCUGUGUCACGAACGCAAACUAUGCAGAAAUAUCAAUCCACGUUGAGCGCCUACAAGUUCCCAGGUUGUUCGCACAUCCAAAUGUUCACGGACCUGUACUGGGAAUGUAUGAUCCGGCACUAUACGUGUACAAUCUAUCACCCAGUGGGUACGUGUAAAAUGGGACCCUACUGGGACAAAACAGCAGUGGUGGAUCCACAGCUACGGGUGUACGGGAUACGAGGGCUGAGAGUGAUUGACGCCAGCAUAAUGCCCAAGCUGGUCAGUGCUAACACGAACGCACCGGUGAUAAUGAUCGCCGAGAAGGGUGCGGACAUGAUAAAAGAAUUCUGGAUCAAGCGGAGUGUGGUGUGAACCUAGAGGAACCAAAAAGAUGAGGAUGCCGAAGUUUUUAUUUGUUGUGAAUAUUAGGAAAAGUACAGUCUUAGCUUUUAUUUAUGAAUCAGAUAUUGUAAAAAACAAUGUGUCAUUAUUUAAUUUAAGUAGUUUUUGUAUACAAUUUACUGAUGUAAAUGAACGAUUGUGAUCAAUGAGUCAUAAAAUAAAGGAAUGUUAAAUAUGAAACAA